UCCGCCUUUAUCGGGAUCUUCUUUUUGCUCCUUUAUCUACCAAUACAUGCUGGACACUCCUGAGUCAUAUAGUUGAAUCCCUACAGCUCCAGACACCCCUGGAGGACGGACUCAAAGAAUCCAGACAAGCAUGUAUGAAAAUGAUUAAACAUGUUUUACAACAAGUGCCCGUCCAAAUCCUUAGAAAUAUCAUACAAGAUAUGCGAGGACAUUUCCAAAGCUCCGAAUAUCUUCCUAUACUCGCCAUAUUGGAGACAUGGGGAAGUGGCCAAAACUGUGCAGCAGCAAGCUACUGCACCGAGGAUUCCCACUCUCCCCACGUCUCCAGGUGUCACGAAGGGAACGAUAGGAGUCAACCGACGGAUCCUGAGAAGACACUGCAUCCACGCGACCUUGACCAUACGAACAAAGCAACUAGACGGGUACUGACGGUGCCAAGCAAGUAUACUUACAGAAGAGGGCUUCGGAGACAAAAGAGAGCACCGCUCAAAGGGGAAUGUGCGGAAUGCUCGGCCCGUAUAUCACCGCUAUGGAGGGUUGGACCCGAUGGAAGAAAAAGUCUUUGCAACGCAUGCGGCUUAAGGUGGUCCAAGAAGAAAAGGACAGCGAUAGUGUAAGGCAUGAUUCACAUAUGAUUUGAAAUAUGAGGGGUACGCGUAUUAUUCAGCUGGGUGUAACCAUUCCAAAGCAGCAGAUGUCGAUGAGUGUAAGUGGCCUGU